GGCCGUAUGACUGUGUCUUUAUCCAACUCUAGUGAUCCCCCCCACUUACUUUAACAUGUUUCCUUCAAAUCUUUACACCGGUGGCAGCUAGUGGUAUAGAAUGCACUCCGAGGGCGCAAAGGGAAGCUUCCAAUGGGGUUCGUACACUCCAUUCUGGAAAAAGCCAGUAUCAGGAAGCGAAGAGAAGGAAGGGGGGGAUAACGGGGACAUUACGAAGGUAAACAUGGAGUUGGAAGGGGAAAAUGUCCAGGGGAAGCAGCCACUGAGUAGGGGAGAAAAUGGGGGGUUUGAGUUUAGGGCGGAUGAGGUGAAGGGAGAGGGCACCAGCAUAAGCUCCGGAAACGGGAGAAGCCGGAAAAAUAGGGUGGCGGGAACAGGGGGGGAAAAGCAGAUCAGAGAUAAUGCAGAUGAUCAGAUAGGACCGAAGGAGCUGCUUCGUUCAAUAAGGAAGGGGAGGGGGAAAGAGGUGGAGGAGAGACAAAGAUGGUGGCCAGGGGAGGAAAACGAAUCAGACUCGGAGGAAGAGGGUAUGGAAGUUGAGAAGAGGGUGGGUCAGGAUGAGGAGCUUGAGGUAAAUGUGGAAAGAGUGAGACAGAUGUUCGAAAAGUGCUACGACAGAUUAGUGAUUCUGGAUACGUCCAAAAUCGCAAAGUUUGAAAUGGAGGGUAAAUCAGUGAAGAUCUCCCUCCCCGCCGAGUUUGAGAAAGUUCAGGAGGAAUGGCUCAAUGAGCAGGUAGUGGUUAUAUUUUUCCAGGGGUCUUUCAAAUCACUUACAGCGGAGAAAAAAGAAAAUUGCAUCAGAUCUCUCGAGGAUACGUUUCUCCCUCCCAACCUGCACCACAAGGAAAGGGGAAGGGUUCACCAAGAGGGCCGUAAUGUGAUGUCUUAUUACCCAAGGGACAAAAACACAGUGGACUUUCUCAUUAACAUGGGGUCGCACAAACUCAAAAUUGAUGGCAGUUUGUACAAACUCACUUUCAAACGCUGGAUGUCUCAAACAGAGAUUGAGAAGAGCAGGGAGGAAGAAGAAGUCAGCAAAAUUUGGGUCAUGGCCUUGAGAGUCCCUUUCAAUGGAAUUCCCUUUGUUAGAUCUGGGCUGGAUUUUGCGGUGGGCCGAGUUCUGAAACAGUACCCACCUGAAAAGUAUGAUGAUAUGCCCAAGCUUAACAACGUUAAGUUUGAUAUUCCGAGAGACAGAAGAAAUAGAGUUCCAAAUGAUCUGAAGUGGCCACAGCCAGAUGGUUCCACCAUGCUGAUUAGGAUAGUCUCUGCCAUCGAGCACAAGGUGGAUCAGAUGGCAAAGGAUCUGACCUCUCUGACGACAGGGAUGAACAGCGUUCUGCAGCACCUGAAGCUGCCUCUCCCGUCCCCCCAGCCUGUGCAGCCAGCUGGCCAGCUGAUCACCCGGCCAGCGGGUUCACCACCUCACAGUCGUCCAGCCUCACCUUCUGGUUCUCAUGUAUCCACCCCAUCUGGUGCUUCUGGUACAGCAGUGCAGCGAGGGCCCAAGCUGACACCCCCUCCUAUGUAUUCUGGGGAAGACCCCAAGGUGGAUGUGUCAGACCGGGUCACCGCUAUGCAGGCAUACCUGGGCAGCUUCACAUGUCCAGAAGCUACCAAGGUGGGGACUAUUCUUGGCCGGUUGGAGAGGGCUGCACUGAAAUGGUGCACGUCCUCUGCAACCAAAGAGAAUGUGGCUAUGGAUAGGUGGGGACAGCAGCUGGGGAUGGCGGGGUUGCUGAAGGCGCUGCAGGACCGGUUUGCUGACAGGGAGCAGGCCCGCAAAGCAGCUGAUAAGAUUAUGCUGUUGGGCUCUCACAAAUUUGAGGGCUCUCUGUCCAAGCUCUACAGUUUGUUUGAGAGCUUGACCUCUACACCCGAUCUGGAGAUGAGUGAGUCUGACCAGCUCACCCAUUUCCUGCGUGCAGCCCCUCCAGACUACUCUAUUGCUUUGUAUGCUCAGGGCCAUAAGGACUGGAGGUCCUUUGGCAAAGCGGUACUGGACCUGGAGUCCCGGCUCAAGGUUCAGACUCCUUCUGAAGGAAGGAAGAGGCCUACCUCCCAGAGACAACGCAGGAGGAAAGGUGCUCUAUUGGCUGUUGAUGCAGGAUCUGAUUCAGAUGCAUCUCAGCAUGGCAGUCCUCCAUCUGAGAUUGCAUCUGGAUCAGCAGUUGAGCCAGCCGUUCUUGCCCUGGCUGAGAACUUUGCUGCAAUGUUCAAGGGAAAGUUCAGCAAAGACAGCAGCAAGGGUUCAGCCAACCAGAAGGGGAAAGGGAAGGGACGAGAAGAAAAGCAUAAGCCAGACCUCAUCUUGCUGCGACCCUCUAUCCUGGGAGCCAAGAUCAAGGGCCUGUUAGACUGUGGGGCUACCCGGAACUUCAUCUCUCCCAAGGCUGUCAGCAAGCUGCAUCUGGAUGGGAGAUUGGUGAAGUUGCAGCAGCCACUGGAAGUCCGAAUUGGGGACUCCUCCACAGUCCGGAUUACAUCUGYUGUCARGAACCUWCCGGUUAYCUUUGACAAGCAGGAGARGGUCAGGCAGCGCCUGAACUUCUAUGUGUUUCCCAAUGUACCCUUUGAUCUUGUGUUUUCCAUGCAGUGGCUUGAGGCCACUAACCCUAGGAUCGACUGGCAGAUCCCUAGGGUAGAGCUCCCUGACUGCAGAGGGGACUAUCAGCCUUGUGUCCUGGCUGAUGAGUACCAUCCAGUCAGCAGUUGCUAUUGUAUGAGGGCACAUGAGUUCUUUCAGCUCUCUCGCCAGACUGCCCCCACACGUCUGUUCAUUGAAUAUGUAAAACAGACUGGUGUGGAGGUUGCUUCCUGUCCCUCACCGAUUCAGCAGGUUUUGGACCGGUAUCCAGACCUGAUGCAGGAGCCUACUGGACUUGUCCAUAGGCAGACCCAGCACAGGAUUGAGCUCCUGCCAGGUGCGGUCCCUCCCAAGGGCCGUGUCUACAGGAUGUCACCUGCUGAACUCGAUGAGCUCAGGAGACAGGUUGAGACCCUGACCAGCAAGGGCUGGAUCAGACCCAGCACAUCUGAAUUUGGGGCUCCAGUUCUCUUUGUCCCAAAGGGAAAUGGAGAGUUCAGAAUGUGUGUGGACUACAGAGGUCUCAACAAGAUCACUAGGAAGUCUACAGAGCCCCUUCCUAGGAUCGAUGAUCUGCUGGACAUGGUGCAGGGCUGCACAAUUUUCAGCAAGAUCGACCUCAAAUCUGGCUACCACCAGAUUGAGAUGGCUGAAGGCGACAUCCACAAGACUGCCUUCAAGACCAGGUAUGGCACUUAUGAGUACCUGGUCAUGCCCUUCGGUCUUUGCAAUGACCCUGGCACGUUCCAGACAGAGAUGCAUCGCAUACUCAGGCCUUACCUGGACAGAUUUGUAGUUGUGUACUUGGAUGACAUCCUGGUAUUCAGUCAAUCUGUCGAGGAGCAUGCGCAGCAUCUGGCUCUAGUUCUUCAGGCACUACAUGAGGCCCAGUAUAAGAUCAACAGGGAAAACUCCUCCUUUGGAGUGACUUCUGUGACUUAUCUGGGACAUGUAAUCUCUGGGGAAGGGUUGGCUCCUGAAGCGCCAAAGAUUGCAGCGAUUCAGGACUGGCCACAACCUACCACAGUUCGUGAUGUCCGGUCAUUCUUGGGCCUUGCAUCAUAUUACAGGAAGAUCGUCAAGAACUUCUCUGCUAUUGCUGCACCCCUGACUGAUCGUACAAAGAAAGACACCCACUUUCUUUGGACAUCAGACUGUCAGCAGGCUUUUACACGCCUCAAGGAGGCCUUGAUGCGUGCACCUGUUCUGAAGCUACCUGACCCUACCCUGCAUUUCGUACUAACUACUGAUGCUAGUCAGUAUGGGGUUGGGGCGGUACUUCAGCAGGAUGGUGGGCAUGGUCUGCAGCCAGUUGAGUACAUGAGUAAGAAGAUCAAAGUCAAGAAGUUGCAGCAUUCCACGUACGAGAAAGAGUUGUAUGCUCUCGUGUCAGCGCUGAAGCAUUGGAAGCAUUUCCUCAUGGGCCGGCAUUUUCAGAUCUUUUCUGAUCACUCCACCUUGCAGUGGAUGAAGACCCAGGGGGAACUGAAUAACAAGCUCGCGCGCUACACUCAGUUCAUUGAUCUCUUUGACUUUGAACUGAAACACAAGAAGGGCUGCUACAAUCGUGUAGCAGACGCCCUUUCUCGUAGGCCUGACGCUGUCUGCAUGAUCUCCUCCACUCAUACCUUUGGAGAGAGUACCCGUCAGACCAUUGCCCAGUUAUUGCCACAGGACCCGACUUUCGGCCCAGUUGUGAGGAAUCUCCAGACUGAUCCUGCAUCUGAACCAGGCUAUAUUCUGGUCUCAGAUCUGCUGUACACUUACACUGAGAACACUCAUGAUGUCUGAGUGUCAUGAUGCUCGCGGCCACUUUGGGGCCUUAAAG